CCUCGCCUCGGCUCGGUCAUCCUUUCGCCCGCAGUGAUAAACUAGCAAACAUAACGCGGAUCUCUACCGACGGCCAUGGAAGUUCCCUAAAGGGCGAGGCUUCCUGUUCCCCUCCAUGCUGUCCCCAGGAGACCCGCCGGUCUUGACUCGACUUCACCGACCACCGCGCUGGCUUCUCGGGAAUCAUGAAAACGUGGUUGCAGGAGCCCGUCCUCGGCUUGUUCCUGUGGGGGCUCGCGUUCGCUCUACUGCGGCCCCUCGGGGCAGGGACCCCCAUUAACAGCAGCCCGGAUGCGGGGACGACCGUCGUUUACUCCCCGAGCAGCAUCAAUGAAGCGAGCGACACGGAGUACGGGUUCACUUCCACUUCACCCAACAGUGAGAGUUCAAGCCCAUCCCAGGAGGACCUGCUGCUCACACACUCUGCGGACACUGAGCAACCCCAAACCCUGAGAGAAACAAGUACCAGGGUACUGGAGACGAUUCGUGGAUCCACUGAGCCAUUCACCUCCACUCUGGUUGGCACAUCCUCUGAGGCCAGCAGUAGCAGCAGAGACUGGAGGGAUGCCUUACGAACCCAAAACCUGCCUUACGUCUCCGCUGGUGUGUCCAACACAGCGAUGUUGUCCUGGAUGUCGACAGAGGACUCCAGCCUGCUGCGGGGCAGCCCGGAUUCCCAACUGCGUCUAAGAGACGCCGUAUCCUCCCCUUCGCAGACCCAAGUCCUCACAGACAGCAUCUUCACCUCGACCACCAUCAGCCGGGCUGGAGAGCGGACUCUGCUGUCUGUCACCUCCUCUUCCUCAAACAACAUUACCUCCUCCUCUUCAGUAUUUACAGAGGGCUCCAGCUCUGAUCAACCGCCCUCGACUUGGAGUAUUCCAUCAAUUGGGCGAGCAGAGACUGAGGACUACACCCACAGUGCACCGUCCACCACGAGUGAAGAAACCAGAGACCGCUCACUCACUCAGUCGUCAUUUCCCGAGACUUCCAAAGGAACCCAAACCCUCGUUGGACCUCCUAAUGCCACUGAGCAUCAACAAAUGCUAACAUCAGAGGCUACUUCACACUCGACACCUAGGAUGUCCAGCACCAACCAAUCCAAUGAAUCCUUCCCAUCUACACCCCCAGUUUUACCGCCCGUUAGGAGCCCCACCCUCAUGUCCUACCAGGAGUCCAGCGUGGAACCCUCCACUGAAUCUUCUACCGGGACCGUCAGCUUCAGCACACAAAGCCUCAGCCAGAGCACAGAGGAGAGAUCAUCCAAGAGCGAAGAGGAAAGUGUGGGCUUUAUAUUCACCACAGCUCCCCCACUGAUCAGUAGCACCAAUAAUCAGUCUGAUGCCCACAAGGAAUCAACUGAGGUCUUCAUUACCGCCACAGCAGUCACCAUUACUGAGAGAUCUGAAAAAACAGAGGAGGAUACAAGUACAUCAAGUGUCUCUACUAGCAGCCCUCUGCUACUGGCCACCUCAGCUUCCAGGCUCAGUAGCACAACCAUUAGGUCCACUCCAGAGUCUCCCACCCAGACAAUCAUCCCGUCGUUAACCUCCACAACUAGUGCCCCCACCCUGGCUCAGCAGAGCUCUGCAGCCCCUACCACUCCCGUCUCCCACACCGGCCGAGCCCCCUCGUCACCAACCGGGGUUGCCAAGCCCACCGACAUCACCACCUCGAAGCUGGAAACGAGCACGGGGACUUUAGGCCUCACCACGCCGACCCAAAGCCGACAUACUGCUGCUCCUUCCACCCACAGCAGCCCAACGAGGAGCACAGAGGCUCUGUACACCACUCACAAACAAACUGAGAGAGUAACCACAGGGGGAGUGACGACAACAACACCCACUCAUGUCUUACCCACUAAGGCAGCUCCAACAACAGGAGACCCUUGUGUGUCAAACCCAUGUAUGAACGGAGGGACAUGCAUAAGUUAUGAGCUGGGUCAAGUCACUUGCCGGUGUCAACAGGCCUGGACGGGGCCCACUUGCAACCAGGAUAUGGAUGAGUGUGAGAAGGACCCCUGUCCUGUUGGCUCCAGAUGUGUAAACACGAGAGGUUCCUUCAGUUGUGAGUGUCCACUGGGCUUUGACCUUGAGGAUGGACGCAUGUGCACUAAAGUAAAGACCUUUUUGGGAACAUUCAGUGUGAACAGAGUUUCACAUGACCCUAAUAUCUUCAACAGCGCCACCCUGCAUGAGAUCCAGAGGGAGAUCAUUCAGUUGCUAAACGCCUCCUUGUCCCAUCUCAGAGGUUACAGCCGCACCACUCUCCGUAAGAAAGAACACGACGGCGUUCAUAUAACAGCCAUCAACAUGUUCUCCAGCUCCUCCGAUGUGACCACUGCGGAAGUCUACAACAGUGUCCAGAUGUCUCUGAAAAAUUGCAGCUCUUCACAGUCUCACUGCCAUGUGAUGCUUCACCACCGACUCACUUAUCAUGUGGAGAGUCUUUGUGUGGCCCAGAAAGUUCAGUGCAACCCUGAACGUUCCACCUGCUCUGAUGUCAGCGGCAAUGCCCAAUGCCAAUGUCUACCAGGUUAUUACAAACACAACCUUGAUGACCUGUCCUGCUUAGAAUGUGGGGAUGGCUACAAGCUGGAAAAUGGCACCUGUGUUCCGUGCAUGUUUGGAUUUGGAGGAUUCAACUGUGGAAAUUUUUACAAGCUGAUUGCAGUUGUUGUAUCGCCUGCGGGGGGCGCCCUGCUCCUUAUCCUCAUCAUUGCGCUCAUCGUCACUUGCUGCAAGAGAGACAAGAAUGACCUCAACAAGAUCAUCUUCAAGAGUGGUGACCUGCAGAUGUCUCCAUACGCAGACUUUUCCAAGAGCAAUCGCAUCUCCAUGGAGUGGGGCCGGGAGACCAUCGAAAUGCAAGAGAACGGCAGCACCAAGAACUUGCUGCAGAUGACUGACAUUUACUAUUCUCCCGCCUUGCGAAACGCUGAUCUGGAGCGAAAUGGCUUGUACCCGUUCACAGGUCUACCGGGAUCUCGCCACUCAUGUAUCUACCCUGCCCAGUGGAACCCAUCCUUCUUAAGUGACGAUUCACGCCGCAGAGACUACUUCUAACCUUGAACACAAACAUGCACACAUUGUCAGAAACAAUUGUUACUAAUAAUAGGUGACAUUCAGCAGCAGACAGACGAGAAUCAAAUUAUUAUUUUUUUGCAUAGUUUCCCCACUUUAAUGUUUAAGCUCAUCAAACAAAUGUAAAUAUCAGACAAAGAUAACCCAAGUAAAUAUAAAAGUUUGAUUUUAUUUAUUAAUAAAAAUACAUAUACCAAGCUACCUGGCCCUGUGUGGAAAAGUAAUGUCCGCCUAAACCUAAUAACUGGUUGGGCCAUCCUCAGCAGCAACAACUGAAAUCAACCGUUUUCUAUAACUGACAGUCUUUCACAUCUCUGUGGAGAUAUUUUGGCCCACUCGUCCUUGCACAAUUGCUUUAUUUUGGUAACGAAGGAGGAUUUUCUAGCAUGAACGGCCUUUUUUAAGGUCAUGCCACAGCAUUUACAUUGGAUUCAAGUCCGUACUUUCACUAAGCCACUCCAAAACCUUCAUCUCUCUUUUUUUUUUUAGUUUAGUUUUUAUUUGAUCUGAUAUUUUAAUUUGUUUGAUGAGCUUAAAGUGGGGAAACCAUGCAAAAAUAUAAGAACUUGAGAAGGGGGCCAAUGCAUGACAUGACACUGUACGACUAAUGACACUGUACGACUAAAGCGCAAAAAAAAGUAAAAUGUGCCUGGAAAAAAAAUAUUCUCGGCCCAUUUCAGUGCAUUUGGAUAGAUAGGUUUAGCUCAUUUCUUUCACCAGACUAGUAAAUGCAAAAACAUUUGUUUGGUGAUGAAUAUGUGCAUGGCACUGCUGUGAUUUUAUUAGUCUGCUGCUAAAGUUUCCAUGGAUGACACUGAUAAACCCACUAAAGUUCAGGUAAUAGAAAGUGAAGACUGACUUUGCGAUCCGAUACCAGCCUUUAUUUAUUCACAGAUUGUCCAAGUGCGGGACAUGAGGCAUUGGGAAAUUUUAUUCAAAUACACUGAAAGACAAAUCUUGUAGCUUUAAGUGUGUAUGCGUUGUGUGUCUGUGUGUGAAAGGUGUUAAUAUUUGUAUACUAGAAGUAUUUGAGGUGCCAAGUGAGUGUAGGAAUGUAAAGAUGUAUCAUUUGUUUAGAAUAUUAUUUUUAUGCCACUUAUAUCCUCUCUACUCUGGCGUUUUAGUCGGAUGUUUAUUUAAAUAAAGACAUAUUGCACAGA